GUGGAUGCUUCCGACAAUUCGCCGUCAGUCGCGAUGUAACCGUAUCAUGAAGCGGCCCCGCGAGAGGCCUACGGGGAAGUUUUACCAAUGUUUAUAAAUUAUUAUAAAGCGUUAAUAAACGUUCAUUUUUCAGUACUUAAUAACAUUAACAAAUAAUAUAUUCAAUUGGCCCUUUAUCAGUUUUUGCCACUAAAUUUUAAUAUUUGAUAUUGCUACAUACAAAAAUAAACGUUGUAUGACUGAGUGGACCAUGUAAAGAGCCACUCUUGCCAUCAAGUAAAAGAAAUUCAUACAGGAUGACGCCCACCGGUGGAAGAUCCCGGACAGUUUCGGAGACAAACGCGACCGCGGUAUCAAUGCCCUUGACAGAAUCAGCUGAUGACUGUCAUGAAAUAACAAUUUUGGACGAAGCCACGGAAGGCGGACGUUUGCCGGACGUCGUCGCUGAAAGCAGAUUUCGUGAUGAUAGCGAUGAAGAACAACUUGAGUCUUAUCUCGCCAUUACAAUUCAAGUUUUUAUUCCUUUCCUUGUUGCGGGUCUUGGUAUGGUCGGAGCUGGUCUUGUUCUUGACCUUGUUCAGCAUUGGAUAGUGUUUGAAAAAGUAAACGAACUCAUGAUCCUGGUACCUGCGCUGCUGGGGCUCAAAGGAAAUUUGGAGAUGACUCUCGCAUCACGACUUUCAACUCAAGCUAAUCUUGGUCACAUGGACGCGCCUAAGCAGCAGUGGUACAUGAUAGUCGGAAACUUAGUCUUAAUUCAGUGUCAAGCAAUCGUAGUCGGUUUUCUGGGAUCAGUCGUAGCAAUUCUAAUGGGAGCAGUGAAGAACGGAACAGUAUCAUUAGACCACGUGUAUCUUUUAUGUGCAAGCAGUUUAGUCACCGCAUCCCUGGCAUCAUUUGUCCUCGGAUUAAUCACAGCUGGAGUAAUUGUCUUCUCUCGUCACUGCAACAUAAAUCCUGACAACGUAGCCACGCCGAUAGCAGCCAGUCUAGGCGACAUAACGUCGUUAGCACUGCUAUCCUGGAUUUCCACGAUUCUGUACGAAGCUAUCGGUAAGCAGGACUGGUUAGCGCCUCUGAUAAUCGCCUGCUACAUCCUGGUAACGCCGCUCUGGGUGUGGAUAGCUAAGCGCAAUAAGUACACCAACGACGUGCUGUAUUCCGGGUGGACGCCGGUGAUGGUGGCAAUGCUGAUCAGCAGUUGCGGAGGCUUGAUCCUAGAUUUUAUGGUAUCAAGAUUCGAGACACUGACUGUGUUUCAGCCGGUGAUCAAUGGUGUAGGUGGUAAUCUGGUUGCGGUCCAGGCCUCAAGAAUAUCGACAGCUUUGCACAAACAAGCUGAUCUUGGCACGCUAUUGAUACCACCUGGACACACUCAUCCAGUGAUAUUCAUAACACCAAUCGCUAAUUUUUUUGGCAAAGGACAUCAUUCAAGAACGACACGGGUGCUGAUGGCGAUGGUCAUUCCCGGUCAUAUUAUAUUUAUUUACAUGAUUAAAUAUAUGAAAGACGGUGAUACUGCAUUGACACCACUCUUUGUAUUUGUUUACCUCUGUGCGGCGAUGCUACAAGUCGCGGCGUUGCUCUACAUCGCGUAUAUCAUGAUUCACUGGAUGUGGAAGCGGAAAAUAGAUCCAGACAACUCAGCGAUUCCUUAUCUGACGGCCAUGGGAGAUCUUCUAGGUAUCAGCUUACUAGCCAUAGCUUUUCAAUUUUUGUAUCUCGUUGGAGAUCAAGACUACGACGGUGCCAUUUAGAGCCUCAACAUCUUUCAAUAUUUAUUUUUUUAAAUCAAAAUAUUCAGCCAAUUAUAAAAGAUUUAAUGAAUGAAUGAUUCGAGUUUUUUUAUUUUUUAAUUAACGCGCUGGUUCAGACAAUAGAUAUUUUUUAUUAACAGUUAGUUUUUUUAUGUAUGAGUAUUUUGUUAUCAAGGAAGAUCUUCCAUGCUUGAUGAUGAAUUAUUAAAGAUAAAAAUAAGACGCAAUGGCCUUCCGAGAUGUUUUGAUAGAAAAGUAGAUUAAAGAUUUUUAUUUUUUAUAUUUUUGAUAUUAAUGAUCUGAUAUUAAUUCUUUUGAUGACUAAUUUUUUUUAAGAGUCUAUUUGCCAAUUUUUUGAUUUUUUUCGCUUUUAAUAAUUAAAAUAUUGUGGUAAUUUUUUUCUGGGAAUUUUUUAAAAUACGCACAUUAAAUUCUUAAAAAUAUUUUUAAUAAUUGGAAUUAAAAAUUGUCAAAUUUCUGCUAUGUGAAUUUUAGUUCGACUGUUAUUAAAAAUAAAAAUUUGCAAAUAAACUCUUGAAACGAUAAUAAUAAUAAUAAUAUUAAUAAAUAAACAUAAAAAUGAUGUCAUUAAAAUGAUUAAUAACAACGAACAUUAAAAAAACAACCUUUAAUCUGCUAACACUAAAAAAGUAGAUUAAUUCGAAGUUGAUACAAUAAAAGUAUGCCUUCGAAUAGUUGCCUUCAUAAAUAAAAGAACUUGAAUAAUAAAAAUAAAUAAUGAAAAGACCUUCCGUUAAUUUAAAAGCAUAUAUUGUAUGUUUUUUUAGAAUGAAUGUUAACUAGUAUUAAUUACUAAUAAAUUAAUAAUUAAUUGAAGUAUGGAAAUUAUUGAAAUGCUUCUAGGUAAAUUUUAAAUGAAAAUUAGCAAAAUUUCACUAGACAAUUUUUAAUGGAAUUUAAAUGAAAAUAAUUAUGAAAUUUAGGCAAUUAAUUAGCUUAAAUUGAUAUCAAAAAAUUGUAAAUGUGGAAUUGGAUUUAUGUCGUUAUUAACUGCAGUUACUCAGGCUAUUUAAUAUUAGUAAAAUUGUUAACAUUUAAUUGCUUUUAAUUAUGCAAGUAAAAUUUAUUAUAAAUAUUUUUUUUUUUUUUUAAUUAAAAAACGAAUCUCGAAAUCAGAAAACAAAACGAGUUCGAUUUGAUAAAUUGUAUAAAUAAUAUUUUAAAGUUUUUAAUUAAAUAUUGUUAUUAAUUGAUUAAUUUGUUAAGUUAAUUAAUAAAAUUGUUAUAAAUGCAAUGUACAUAUUAUAAAUAUUGAAUGAUAUAUAAGUCAAUUUUUAUUUAAGGACUAAUAUUUAGUCCUUGACAAUACGGAAGUCAUCAUAAGUGAAUAUAUAAACUAUAUACAUAUUUAUACAUGAGUUUUCCCGGUUAGAUAUUUAAAAUACUUUUUUUUUAAACAUAAUUGCAGUAUUAUUCAAUAACUGUAUUGAUUAACGUUUCAAUUUACAUGAGAAUUAUUAAUUUUAGAUUU